CAGCUCUCCUCCCCUCCCCUCCUCCCCUUUCCCUUCUCCCCCUCCUCCUCUGCCUUCUAGAGCGAGACACCAAUAUGGAGCCUGAGGACUUACCAUGGCCAGGCGAGCUCGAGGAGGAGGAGGAAGAGGGGGAGGCGGAAGAGGCGGAGGAGCGGGCGAACCUGGACUCGGACGAGGAGGUGAUGGUGGAGGAGGUGGAGGAAGAGGAGAGGCGGGAGCUGGACUCGGACUUUAACUACGAGAGUCAGCCUGGGGAAAGUACGGACGACGAGGACGACGAGGAGGCCAAGGCCUGGCUGCAGGCGCACCCCGACGGGCCUUUGCCUCCGUCGUCGCUCCCGAGGCACCGCUACUCGGAGGACGAGCUGACCGGCCCGGAGAAGGUUGUUCCAUUGACCUGUCAUGUAUGGCAACAGCCAUUAUAUCAAGGCAAUAGUGGGACAGAGAUUUCUGAUACUAUUGUGGUCUCUGUGGAAAAAACAGCUUGGUGGGGGUCUAAGGCUGAUCAGAGAACGGAAUCUUGGCAUUAUCUUCCUCAAGAAAUGGACUCGUCCCACACCUUGGAUAUAACCCAGACCAAGUUUAAUAUGAGAGAGGAAGGGACCAAAGUGACAGACUUCACCUCUGUGGAGGAAGGUAUAUUGACCCAACCAGAAACUGAAGUAAAGGAACCCAAGAGAGGUCUGUUAUGUUCGCCGCUGCUAGUCAUACAAGACAACUUUGCUUCUCCUGAUUUGCCUUUGCUGACAUGUUUGACACAAGAUCAAGAGUUUGGGUCUGAUUCCUUAUUUCAACAAAGUGAACUAGAUUUUGCACCUCUGAGGGGAAUUCCUGGUAAGUCUGAAGAUACUGCAUGGUUUUCUCGACCGUCGGAAGUUAGUGAAGCUUUAUUCCAGGCAGCCUCAGAAGUAGCUUCAGACUUAGUUAACAGUUGCGUUAGUUUAUCUCAGCACUCGCUUAUAGCUAGUACAGCUGUUGAGUGUCAGCACUCUUUUUUACCUUUUGGACAAGGGACUAAAGAAGAGACUAUUUCGUCUGAUACAGUUGAUGAACUGAAAACCCCCAAAGACUUCGAUAGUUAUGAUGCUCUUUGUUCCUAUAUGGCAUGGAAGAAACAAGAAGUUCAGGAGCCAGAAACCAGUUUAGCUGAUAAAGGUCAAGUUUCUGUUUCAAGCUCAUCUUAUACAAGUGAUGAAUACAUGACUCCUGAAGGAAGUGACAGCUUUGAUGCUUCUUGUUCGUAUGUGCAGUAUUGGAAACAGAAAGCUUUACAGCAGUCAGAAAAAUAUUUAACCAGUAAGGAUCAUGAUUCUUAUUCAGAUUCAUCUGACACAACUGAUAAAAAUAAAAUUCCUAAUGGAAGUGACAAUUUUCGUGCCCCUUUUUCAUGUAUGCUGUGGAGCAAACAGGAAGCUUCACACGAUCCAGAAACAUAUGCGAUCAAUAAGGACUGUGUUUCUUUUCCACAUGAAGUUGCUCCUCAUUUUAAUAACAAAAUGUCACGGUCUUUCUUGCAUUGUCUGCUGGAAAGAAGAGGAAAGGGCAUUCCUUUGACAGCUCACAGUCAUUAUUUUGAGAGUGUUUAUUUAAGGGCUCCAGCUGAGAAUGAGGUGAAAGAAAUGAUGGAUUCUUUGGAGGGGUAUGAAAGAAAUGAAGAAGAUCUGGGGAAAGAAUUAUCUCAAGGUUUUGAACUAAAGGAGAAUAGAAAUACUUUAGUAUUUUCAGAGAUGCAUCCCAGAUCUUCAGAAAUACAGUAUAUUGAGAAUGUUAUAGUUCCUGAUAAUUCUGUAGAAGUUUCAGAAAUACAUAUACACUCAAGGCAACAUGGUAUCUCUAAGAUGGAGGUUUCUGGUGGUCCUCUUCAGACUAUUAAAUCCAGCGUGGAUGAGACAUCAGAACAACUGUAUUUACAAGAGGAAAGAAACCAAAGGGCAACAUCUACUUUUAGUGGAGAAAGUGUUGAUUCUUCUGAAAAUGUAGCCUUUGAGGUUGUUAUUGCCUCUAUUGAGCCUUCCAAGAAAGAGAGUACAGUAAAUGAAAUCCAGACUGACAUCAGUAAGUCUUUAAUAAAUGACAGCCAAGAAAGUGAACCAAAAAAUUCACCUCUUUCCCUAUUAAAUUAUAAUGAUGAAAACUCUUUCUUUGAUGGGCUUCGUCAUCCACAUUAUCAAUCUACUCCUGGGGUAUUUGAAUUAGUGGCUUCAAAACCGUUGUUCCAUAAAAAAGAUAAUGGUGAUAGCUCCCUGUAUUGGCAUCUUGAUUUAAAAUCACUCCCCAAUGCUCCUCAGGAAAUGUUCAUUAAGCCACUUUCUGUUAUUCCAGAGCUUAAGUCAUCUGCUUCUUUAAGUGAAAAAUCUCACAGCCAGACUGUUGGUCUUGGCAAUGCACAGUCAGCUUUAUUUCAGUGUGAUCUAGACAGUGAACCAUUUCUUUCCAUUGGGAAGAUAAAGUCUGUUCCUGAUCUUGACCUUGCAGAGAAGGUAGGAUCUUCAGACAUUUUUUAUCCAAUGAAAGUAUCGACUUCAGAUUCUUUGGUUUUACAAGAUUUAAGAACAUUUGAAGAAGUUGCAGAUUCCUCAAACUGUAUUUUGGUUAAGAAUGUAAACUCUAGUGACAUCAUUGAAGGUCCAUCUGCAACUGUAGGAAGCAGCUUUUCAGCAAACUUGGUGACAUGUGAUGCUAAGUCACAAGGUGCUUUACCAAUGACCAGUAAUGCAUCAUUAAUUGCAGUCAGCCAAGAGUCAUUGCUGAAAGCUGAUGUAGGCCAUGGUAAAAUUCCUGAGCCUAUGGGAGCCAAAUCCGGUUUUACUAUACAUAAAAUUAUGCAAAAUGACUCCUAUUUUGUAGAGGGCCCGCAGGGGAAGGCUGAAUCUGACACCUCUACUCUGGAUGAUGAUACUGAAUGCUGUAACCUAGAUGAAAAUCCUAUUGUAUGCAGUACAAGAGUUGCUGAUCUACAAAGAGAGGCAUAUGAACAAGGUGACUUGACUGUUGAGUCCAUUGAGCUAGCAGGUUUUAAAAAUGUGCUUGAUGAUCUAGAGGUUUGUGACAGCUCCCUGCACUGGCAGUCUGCCUUACAACUGCCAUCUAAGGAAGAGAGUGAUUUUGAAGAGCCUGUAGGUUCUAAUAUGGACAUUAAUCAGACUUUUUCAUCCAUAUUGCCUCCAUUUAUUCCUCAUGAACCAACCGUAGAGUUGGAGUAUCACUCCUCAGAUCUCAGGAUGUUGAGGGUAUCUCCUGACGCUGUGCAGAAGACUCUCAGACAAAUAGCAGGAGAUACUUCCAAAGGAGGCAUAGCUGAAGUUACUCAGUCCAGCUUGAAACCAGGCAGCACUGCUACUUCUGGAGUUUCAGAUACUGGAUCUCAUUUAUUCUUGUUCCCCAAGGAGUUUCCUCAGUUGGCUUUAAGGUCUCCUCAAGAGAAUACUAUUGGUCAUCAUACUGAUACACUCAACCAACAGGCAUCGGUAGAUAGUAAUAUAAGUGAAGAGACUCUAAAAGUUUCAACUGUCAGUGAAGUAGCUGACCAGAAGACUGGGAUAUCAACAGUACCGUCUAGUUCCUACUCACAAAAAGGGAAGCCCGGUAUUUUCUACCCACAGGCCUUGUCAGACAGUCAUCUAACUGAAGAGGCUCUAAAAGUUGCAGCUGUUCCUGGUCCUGCUGUCCUGAAGAGUGGCAUACCUACAGUCUUUCCAAGCUCCUACUCAUGUGGAGGGAAGCAUAAUAUCUUCUACCAACAGGCCUUGCCAGGUAGUCAUCUAACUGAAGAGACUCUAAAAUUUUCGGCUGUUCCUGGUCCUGCUGACCAGAAGACUGGCAUACCUACAGUCCUUCCAAGUUCCUAUUCACGUGGAGAGAAGCAUAUUAUUUUCCACCCACAGGCCUUGCCAGAGAGUCAUCUAACUGAAGAGGCUCUAAAACUUUCAGCUAUUCCUGGUCCUGCUGGCCAGAAGACUAGCAUACCUACAGUCCUUCCAAGCUCCUGCUCACGUGGAGAGAAGCAUAAUAUCUUCUACCAACAGGCCUUGCCAGACAGUCAUCUGACUGAAGAGGCUCUAAAAGUUUCGGCUAUUCCUGGUCCUGCUGGCCAGAAGACUAGCAUACCUACAGUCCUUCCAAGCUCCUACUCACUUGGAGAGAAGCAUAGUAUUUUCCACCCUCAGACCUUGCCAGACAGUCAUCUAACUGAAGAGACUCUGAAAAUUUCAGCUGCUCCUGUAUCUACUGACGAGAGGACUGAGAAAACAAUAGUACCUUCUACUUCCUAUUCACAAAGAGAGAAGCACAUUAUUUUCUCCCAGCAACAGUUGUCAGAUGGUCAUCUAACCAAACAGGUUCUGAAAGUUUCAUUUGUUCCUGGACCAACUGAUCAAAACACUGGGAUACCUUCAUUAUCUUCCCGUUCCUAUUCGCUUGGAGAGAAGCCCAGUAUCUUUUACCAACAGGUCUUGCCAGAUAGUCAUUUAAUUGAACAGACUCAGAAAGUUGCAGCUCUUCCUGGACCAGCCAAUCAGAAGACUAGGGUACCUGCAGUAUCCUCUACUUCUUACUCACACAGAGAGAGGCCCCGUAUUUUCUAUCAACAGACAUUGCCAGAAAGUCAUCUAACUGAACAGGCUCUGAAAUUCUCUGCUCCUGGAUCCACUGAGCAGAAGACUGGGAUACCAACGGUAACCUCUACUUCUUCUUCAUGUAGAGAGAAGUCCAGUAUUUUCUACCAACAGGAGUUACUGGAUAGUCAUCUAACUGAACAGGCUCUGAAAAUUCCAGUUGUUCCUGGACCAGCUGACCAGGAUACUGGGAUACCAGUAGUGCCCUCUAGGCCCUACUCUCUUAGAGAGAAGCCCAAUAUUUUCUAUCAGCAGGUAUUACCAGAUAGUCCUCUAAUUGAAGAGGCUCUGAAAGUUUCAUCUGCUCCUAGACCAGGUGACCAGAAGGCUGGGAUACCAGCAGUACCCUCUAGUUCUUACUCACAUAGAGAGAAUCCUGGUAUUUUCCACAAAAAGGUCUUACCAGGCAGUUGUCUAUCUGAAGAGGCUCUGAACGUUUCAGUUCCUUCUGGACCAGCUGAAAAAAAGAGUGGGUUACUAUCAGAAGCUUCUAAUUUCUACUCACACAGAGAGAAGCACAAUAUUUUCUACCAGCAGGAGUUGCCAGACAGUUCUCUAACUGAACAGGCUCAGAAGGUUUCACCUGUUCCUGAACCUACUGACCAGAAGACCAAGAUAUCAACAGUAACUUCUACUUCUUACUCGGAUAUAGAAAAGCCCUUUAUUUUCUACCCACAGGGCUUGCCAGACAGUCAUCUACCUGAAGAAGCUCUAAAAGUUACAUCUGUUUCUGAACCAGCUGAUGAGAAUGAAAUACCAGUAGUUCCCUCUACUUCCUCCUCACAUAGAGAGAAACCCAUUUUCUUCUUCAACCCACAGGGCUUGACAGACAUUCGUCUCACUGAAGAGGCUCUGAAAGCUUCAGCCAUAUCUGGAUCAGCUGACUGGAAGACUGGAAUAUCAACAGUAUCCUCUACUUCCUUCUCACCUAGAGAGAAGCCCAUUAUUUUUUCCUCUCAGGCCUUGUCAGGCAGUCAUUUACUUGAAGAGGCUCUGAAAGUUUCAGCUGUUCCUGGAUCAGCUGACCAGAAGACUGAGUUGCCACCAGAACCUUCUAGUUCCUACUCAUCUAGAGAGAAGCCCAUUAUUUUUUCCCCUCAGGCCUUGCCAGGCAGUCAUUUACUUGAAGAGGCUCUGAAAGUUUCAGCUGUUCCUGGAUCAGCUGACCAGAAGACUGAGUUGCCAUCAGAAUCUUCUAGUUCCUACUCACCUAGAGAGAAGCCCAUUACUCUCUACCCACAGGGCUUGACAGACAGCCAAGUACCUCAGGAGGCUCUGAAAGUUUCAGCUGUUCCUGAACCAACUGACCAGAAGACUGGGUUGCCACCAGAACCUUCUAGUUCCUACUCACCUAGAGAGAAGCCCAUUAUUUUUUCCCCUCAGGCCUUGCCAGGCAGUCAUUUACUUGAAGAGGCUCUGAAAAUUUCAGCUAUUCCUGGACCAGCUGACCAGAAGAUUGGGUUGCUAUCAGAACCUUCUAGUUCCUACUCACCUAGAGAGAAGCCCAUUACUCUCUACCCACAGGGCUUGACAGACAGCCAGUUACCUCAGGAGGCUCUGAAAGUUUCAGCUGUUCCUGGACCAACUGACCAGAAGACUGGGUUGCCACCAGAACCUUCUAGUUCCUACUCAUCUAGAGAGAAGCCCAUUAUUUUUUCCCCUCAGGCCUUGCCAGGCAGUCAUUUACUUAAACAGGCUCUGAAAAUUUCAGCUAUUCUUGGACCAGCUGACCAGAAGACUGAGUUGCCAUCAGAACCUUCCAGUUCCUACUCACAUAGAGAGAAGCCCAUUACUUUCUACCCACAGAGCUUGCCAGACGGCCAAGUACCUCAGGAGGCUCUGAAAGUUUCAGCUGUUCCUGGACCAAUUGACCAGAAGACUGGAGGGUUGCCACCAGAACCUUCUAGUUCCUGCUCACCUAGAGAGAAGCCUAUUAUUUUCUACCCAGACGGCUUGACAGACAGCCAGGUACCUCAGGAGGCUCUGAAAGUUUUAGCUAUUCCUGGACCAGCUGACCAGAAGACUGGGUUGCCGUCAGAACCUUCCAGUUCCUACUCAUAUAGGGAGAAGCCCAUUAUUUUCUACCCUCAGGACUUGGCAGACAGUCACAUACCUCAGGAGGUUCUGAAAGUUUCAGCUAUUCCUGGACCAGCUGACAAGAAGACUGGGUUGCCACCAGAACCUUCCAUUUCCCACUCAUAUAGGGAGAAGCCCAUUAUUUUCUACUCACAGGGCUUGACAGACAGCCAGGUACCUCAGGAGGCUCUGAAAGUUUCAGCUAUUCCUGGACCAGCUGACCAGAAGACUGGGUUGCCAUCAGAACCUUCCAGUUCCUACUCAUAUAGGGAGAAGCCCAUUAUUUUCUACUCACAGGGCUUGACAGACAGUCGGGUGCCUCAGGAGGCUCUGAAAGUUUCAGCUAUUCCUGGACCAGCUGAUCAGAAGACUGGGUUGCCACCAGAACCUUCUAGUUCCUACUAUCUUAGAGAGAAGCCCAUCAUUUUCUACUCACAGGGCUUGACAGAUGGCCAGUUACCUCAGGAGACUCUGAAAGUUUCAGCUAUUCUUGGACCAACUGACCAGAAGAGUGGGUUGUCAUCAGAACCUUCUAGUUCCUACUCACAUAGAGAGAAGUCUAAUAUUUUUUACCAACAGGAGUUAUCAGGCAGUCAUCUAACUGAAGAGACUGUGAAAGCUUCAGCUGUUUCUGGAACAGGUGAUCAGAAGACUGAGAUACCAGCAGUGCCUUCAAGUUCCUACUCACUUGGAGGGAAGCCCAUUAUUUUCUAUCAGCAGGCCUUAUCGGAUAGACAUCUCACCGAAGAGGCUCUGAAUGUUGCAGCUUCUCCUGGACCAGCUGACCAGGAGACUGGGAUACCAACAGUUCCUUCUGUUUCUUACUCUCAUAGGGAGAAGCCCAGUAUUUUGUACCAGCAACCCUUGUCAGACAAUCAGCUGGCUGUAGAAGCUCUGAAAAUUUCAGCUGAUUCUGGGCGAGGUGAUCAGAAGACCAGAAAACCAACAGAUACCUCGGCUUCUUACUCACAUAGAGAGAAGCCUAUUAUUUAUCAGCAAGAGUUGCCAGAUCUUACUCAAGCGGCUUUAAGUGUUUUCAGGGAGCCCAGACUAGGUGACCAGAAGACUGGAAUACCAGUAGUAACCUCUACUCCUUACUCACAUACAGAGAAACCCAUCAUUUCUUACCAGCAGGAGUUGCCAGAUCCUAUUGAAGGUGCUUUAAAAGUUUUAGGGGCUCCUGGGUCAGCUGACCAGAGGACUGGGAUACAAUUUGGGUCCUCUGCUUCCUAUUCACAUAGAGAGAGUCCCAUCUUUUCUUAUCAGAGGGAGUCGCCAGAUAUUACUGAAGAAACUCUGAAAGUUUCAGCUGUUUCUGGACCAGGUGACCAGAAGACUGGGAUACAUAUAAUUCCCUCUAGUUCCUACUCAUACAGAGAGAAGGACAGUGUUUUUUACCAGCAGCAGUUGCCAGAUGUUACUGAAGAAGCUUUAAAAAUUUUUGCUCUUCCUGGGCCUGCUGAUCAGAAGACUGAGAUACCAACAGGACCUUCUUGUUCUUACUCACAUAAAGAGAAACUCAAGAUUUCACCUGUCAUCUUACGAGAUGACGAGAAGACUGAGUUACUAACAGCUCCCCUUAGUUCCUACUCACAAAGAGAAAAGCCCAAAAUUUCAACUGUGAUUGGAACAGAUAACCAGAAGACAACGUUACCGACAGUUCUUCAUAAUUCCUAUUCUCAGAGAGUAAAGCCCAGUAUUUUCUUUCAACAGGAGCUGCCAGGUAGACAUCAUAGUGAGGAUAUUUUGAAAAUUCCACCUGUCUCUGAACCAACUGUUGUGACCUCUGGGAUACCAAUACCUCUUUCUAGUUCCUGUUCCCACAGAGAGAAAUCUAAUAUUUUCUACUCACAGGAAUUGCCAGACAAACAUCUAGCUGAAGAUGCACUGAAGGUUUCAACAAUUCCUAUACCGGCUGACCAGAAAAGUCUGUUACCAACAGUUCCUACUAGUUCCUUUUCACACAGAGAGAAACCAAAUAUAUUCUAUCGACAGGAUUUGCCAGAUAGACAUAUAACGCAAGAUGCUCUGAUGUUCUCAAGGGGUGUUGGACAAGUUGAUCAGGUUACUGGGUUAUCGACAGUUACUCCUAGUACUUACUCACAUAGUGAGAAGCAGAAACUUGUUUCAGACCAUGUUCAAAUGCUAAUAGAUAAUUUGGAUUCUUCUAACUCCAGUGUUAUCUCAAAUAAUAUGCCUUUAAGUUCUCAGGCUGAUGGUAGAGUUAUAAUAAGUAAGCCAGAAUCUUCAGGUUUUGAAGAUGUUGGGUCUGAGGAAAUUCAAGAUACAAGCAGUGGUUCCAAAACUCUUAGAGAGAUUCGGACCCUUUUAAUGGAGGCAGAAAAUAUAGCAUUGAAACGGUGCAAUUUUCCUGCUCCCCUUGUCCCUUUCCGAGAUGUUAGUGAUAUUUCAUUUAUACAAUCUAAGAAGGUGGUUUGCUUCAAAGAACCCCUCACAGCUGAUGAAUCUAAUGGUGAUUUGCCUCAGAGACAGCAAUUUACAGAGGAAAGCUCAAGCAACAAGUGCAUACAGAAGGAUAUUAGCACACAGACAAAUCUGAAAUGCCAGAGAGGCAUUGAGAAUUGGGAGUUUAUUAGUUCAACUACAGUUAGAAGUCCUCUACAGGAAGCAGAAAGCAAAGCCAGAGUGACAGUAGACGAAACCCUUCGGCAAUAUAGAGCAGCCAAAUCUGUAAUGAGAUCUGAACCUGAAGGGUAUAGUGGAACCGGGAAUAAAAUUGUUAUACCUAUGAUGACUAUCAUUAAAAGUGAUUCAAGUAGUGAUGCCAGUUCCUGCUCAUGGGACAGUAAUUCAUUGGAGUCAGUUUCUGAUGUUCUUCUAAACUUCUUUCCAUAUGCUUCACCCAAGACAAGCUUGACAGAUAGUAGAGAAGAAGAAGGUGUAUUGGAGAGUGAUGAUGGUGCUGGUAGCAGUGUAGAUUCACUGGCUGCACAUGUCAGAAACCUUUUGAAAUGUGAAUCCUCGUUGAAUCAUGCGAAACAAAUACUCAGAAAUGCAGAGGAAGAGGAGUGUCGAGUACGAGCACGAGCCUGGAAUCUGAAAUUUAAUCUGGCUCAUGAGUGUGGCUACUCCAUUUCAGAAUUAAAUGAAGAUGACAGGAGAAAAGUAGAAGAGAUCAAAGCAAAGUUGUUUGGUCAUGAGAGAACAACUGACUUGUCCAAGGGUUUACGGAGUCCACGAGGAAUAGGAUGCAAGCCAGAAGCUGUAUGUAGUCACAUUAUUAUUGAGAGCCAUGAAAAAGGAUGUUUCAGGACUCUAACUGCUGAACAACCACAAUUGGAUAGUCACCCUUGUGUUUUCAGAUCUGCUGACCGCUCAGAAAUGAUCAGCGGGCAACGGAGUCCGUCAUCAUGGAGAACCAGACACAUUGACCUUUCCCAAUCACUAGACCAAAGUAACCCCCAUUUCAAAGUUUGGAAUUCCUUGCAGUUACGAAGUCAUUCCCCAUUUCAAAACUUUACAGCUGAUGACUUCAGAAUUAGCCAGGGUCUUCGAAUGCCAUUCCAUGAAAAGAUAGACCCUUGGCUGUCAGAAUUAGUAGAACCUGCUUGUGUGCCACCUGAAGAAAUGGAUUGUCAUUCUUCAUCACAAAUGCUGCCCCCAGAACCCAUGAAAAAGUUUACUACUUCCAUCACUUUUUCAUCUCACCGACAUUCUAAAUGCUUUUCAGAUUCCUCUGUUCUUAAGGUUGGUGUUACUGAAGGUAGCCAGUGUACUGGAGCAUCUGUGGGGGUGUUUAAUUCUCAUUUCACUGAAGAGCAAAAUCCUCCCAGAGAACUAGAACAGAGAAUCUCUUCCCCUUCAUCAUUUAAAAUUGUUAGUCAUUCACCAGAUAAAGCUGUGACUAUUUUAGCAGAAAGUAGUAGGCAAAGCCAAAAAUUAUCUGUUGAACAUUCUCAGCAAGAAGAAAAACUCUUAGAAAGAUCAGAUUUUAAAGGCAGUGAUUCUGAGCCCAGUACCAGUGCAAAGUGUAGCAAUGUCAAGGAAGUUCAUUUUUCUGAUAACCAUACCUUCAUUAGCAUGAGCAGACCAAGUUCCACACUAGGAGUAAAAGAGAAGAAUGUAACUAUAACUCCAGAUCUUGCUUCGCACAUUAUUCUUGAACGAGAGCUUUUUGAACCAAGCAAAGCCCCACAUGCAGAUCACCAUGUGAGAAAACACCAUUCUCCCCCUCCUCAACAUCAGGAUUACAUAGCUCCAAACCUUCCUUGUCGCAUUUUUCUUGAAAAACGAGAACUCUUUGAGCAAAGCAAAGCCCCACAUUUAGAUCAUCAGAUGAGAGAAAGCCACUCUCCCUUUCCUCAAGGUCAGGAGUAUAUAGCUUCAGACCUUCCUUCUUCCAUUUUUCUUGAACAACGUCAGCUCUUUGAACAAAGCAAAGCCCCAGAUGUAGAUCACUUGGGAAAAUACCAUUCCCCUCUUCCUCAAGGUCAGGAUUAUGUAGUAGAAAGGAAUAACCAACAUAAGUUUAAAUCAUACAUUUCCAAUAUGAUCAAUGUUGAAGCCAAGUUCAAUAAUGUGGUCUCCCAAUCAGCCCCAAGUCAGUGUACAUUAGUAACAUCUGCAUCUACUCCACCCUCAAAUAGAAAAGCACUUUCUUGUGUUCGUAUAACUCUUUAUCCCAAGACUCCUUCCAAGUUGGAUAGUGGAACCUUAGAUAAAAGAUUUCACUCCUUGGAUCCUGCUUCUAAAACAAGGAUGAAUAGUGAGUUUAACUCUGACCUACAAACUAUAUCUUCAAGAUCAUUGGAACCAACCUCCAAAUUAUUGACCGGUAAACCUGUAGCACAGAAUCAAGAAUCUUUAGGUUUUCUAGGACCUAAAUCUUCACCGGACUUCCAAGUUGUACAGUCUCCUCUUCCAGAUAGUAAUACUAUUUCUCAGGACUUGAAAAACAUACUUUUUCAGAAUAGCCAGAUAGUAACCUCAAGGCAAACACAAGUGAACAUUUCAGAUUUGGAAGGAUAUUCCAGUCCAGAAGGGACUCCGGUAUCUGCAGAUCGACCAUCAGAGGAGAUUAAGACCCCAUUUUCUGCCUUCCCUGGAAAAUUGUCAUCUGACGCAGUCACUCAGAUAACAACAGAAAGUCCAGGGAAAACCAUGUUUUCAUCGGAGAUUUUUAUUAAUGCUGAUGAUCGUGGACUUGAAAUUCCAGAGCCCAGUACCGAGAAGCUGGGCAAAGUUCCUGUCAGAUUUGCUUCAUCAUCUUCCGUUCAACAGAUUCCUCGUCCUCAUGGCACAGAUGCCCAGCCUUCACUGUUGCCAUAUAAGCCUCCUGGUAGUACGAAGAUGUACUAUGUUCCACAAUUAAAACAAAUUCCUUCAUCUCUGGAUUCCAGAUCAGAUACGACCAUUGAGAGCUCACACUCAGGAUCCAAUGAUGCCAUUGCUCCAGACUUCCCGGCAGAGGUACUAGGCACGAGGGAUGAUGACCUGCCAGUCACUGAUAACAUUAAACAUAAAGAAGGGAUCUACAGUAAGAGGGCAGUGGUGAAGGCACCUUUGCCAGUGGGGGGGAAACCCCCUCAGAAAGAUAAUGCAGAUGCCCAAGUUCAAGUUUCCCUCAUUGGGGAUGAAGACAUCUCAGAUAAAAACCAGAAAAAGGAGAUCUAUGAUAAAAAGGCAGUGACUAAAGCUGCACAACCUGAAGAAAAAGAAUCCUUGCAGAAAACGACUGAAGGUUCCGGUGGUGGUGCUGCUGCAGAGGACUCAGCUCGACCACAUGACAUAAAGAUUGAAAGUCUGCCAGACACUAAAGCCAUUAAACAGAAAGAGGAGAUCCAUAGUAAGAGGACAGUUCCUAAGGAAGCCUGGACAAAAGAAAAAGAAUCCUUGCAGAUAGAUAUUGCAGAGUCCAGAUGUCAUUCAGAAUUUGAAAAUACUACCCAUUCUGUCUUCAGGUCAGCCAAGUUUUACUUUCAUCAUCCAGUGCACCUACCAAGUGAUCAAGAUUUUUGCCAUGAAUCCUUAGGGAGGAGUGUUUUCAUGAGACAUUCUUGGAAAGAUUUCUUUCAGCAUCGUCCAGACAAACAAAGAGAACACAUCCGUCUUCCUUCCCCUCAUCAAAAUGUGGACAAGACAAAGGCAGAUUAUACCAGAAUAGAGAGCCUCAGUAUCAAUGUGAACUUGGAAAACGAAGUGAUGCAUAGUCCUAAAAGUCGGGCUAGAGAUUAUCCCAAAAGUGACAAACAAAUUAAUGAUCAAAAAAAGGAUCAUAAGGUCACCCCAGAGCCAACAGCUCAGCACAGUGUGAGUUUGAAUGAACUCUGGAACAAGUAUCAGGAGCGAAAGAGGCAACAGAAACCUCCUGAGUUCAGUGACAGGAAAGAACUAUCCUUGGUGGAGCGACUUGAUCGUUUGGCUAAACUUCUUCAGAAUCCCAUCACAUACUCUCUCCGGACCUCUGAAAGCACACAGGAUGAUAGCAGAGGGGAACGAGAUGUUAAGGAAUGGAGUGGUAGACAGCAACAGCAGAAAAACAAGCUUCAGAAAAAGAAGCGAUAUAGGAGCCUAGAGAAAUUCCAUAAAACCGCAGGAGAGCUUAAAAAAAGCAAGGUGCUUUCUACUCAUCAAGCUGGGAAACCCAAUCAGAUUAAAAUCGAACAGAUUAAAUUUGAUAAGUAUAUCCUGAGAAAACAGCCAGGUGUUCAUUAUAGAAACGACACUUCUUCAGAUUCUAGACCCUCAGAGGAGAGUGAGCUGCUCACAGACACCCCCACCAACAUCGUUUCCACCACGACUUCUCCUGUGGAAUCAGAUAUAUUGACCCAAACAGAUAGAGAGGUGACUUUGCAUGAGAGGAGCAGCUCUAUUUCCACCAUUGACACUGCCCGACUGAUCCAAGCUUUUGGCCAGGAAAGAGUUUGUCUGUCACCCAGACGAAUUAAAUUAUACAGCAGCCUCACCGACCAUCAGAGGAGAUACUUUGAGAGGCGGAACAAGAAGAACAAGAAAGCACUGAAUAUGAGUCAUCCCCAAAUGACUUCUGAGCACACCAGAAGGAAACACAUCCAGAUUACUUGUCUUUGUCUCUGAACGAUUCUGUGGAAACCAUUUAUUUGCCCACAAGGAAUGGGAUUGACUUCUCUGUACUGUUUUAUUACCUGUUUGCAAGAUACUGCUUUGAGUCCUCUUCCCAGGACAUGAACUGGAAUGCUAAUUGAGUAUUUCUUUAUAUUUCUUUUGCCCCUCAGAGUUUGGGAAAGCCAGGGAGAUUGUAGAUAAUUCUAGGACUCUGCCCAGCUACAGUAGGUAACAUUUUUCUUUGCCAUUGUUCUGAAAGUCAGAAACGGUGGCCACCUUACCAAGCGUGGAAAUAAGGAAAGUUAUCUAAUUCUGUGGGACAUGCCGUUGGAGUUUUGUUAUUGUACUGUUUCAGGGUCAGCUAGUGACUGCUUUCAUGGCAUUGUCGCUUAGACAGUGAUAUGGCUAAGGCCUUAUUUUUUCCUAGCAAAUGUUAGUAAUAAAACUAAGAUAUUCAGACUGAAGAGAUUAUUUCCCAGAUCUUUUUCUGACUUCUUGACCAAAAGAGGGUAUAUAGUAAAUCAUUCUGGCUACAGAAGAAGGUGCUAUUUGUUUCACUAAGAACAUGUCUCCAGUUGGGAUAUUUUUCUUUCUUCUGAACCACUUACUGCCUUAGUCCUUCUCUGAGAUAAUCAGUGUAGUAUUUUGAAUUUAAUUGCCUCCUUUUACUCUUCUGCAUGAUCCUUUGUGUUGGAAGAGCUUUGUGAUGGCUCCUUAAAUUUGGUCUGUUUUUUCUCCAGCGUUUCUGGAGUUUUGUGGUAUGAGUUGAGUCUUUUCCCUAGAUUCUGAAUAUUCUUUUCAUUUUGUAUUCGUAUCUUUCACGUAUGGAAGAAGAGGUUCAUUAAGCCUAUUUGUGUGCUGUCAUAUUUUCUAAAAUCCAUUCAUGUAUUUUCUCAGUGUUUCUCUGUCUCUCUCAUAUUCAGUUUCUUCCUUUUCUGUAAACUUCUUCCUCUCAACUAGAACCAUGCUUAUGUCUUUCGUCAUCACAGAGUGUGGAGGAUUGGCCUAUCAGGAUAGUUUCUGUUGAUGUUCCUACCGCUUUACAUCCUUCUCUUUAUCUCCAAAUAUUUUGUCAAAAAUUUUCUUUUUUUGUCAAAAUAUUUCUUUUGAGCAUAAAGGUAAAAAGCUUACUGAAUAUAAAGAGUUUAGAUAAUAUAAAGACCUUGGAAGUCACCCAUAAUUCUCAUAAUCCUGAAAUAGUCAUGAUGAACAUUUUCACCAGUGAGCUUCCAGGUGUAUAUUUUAUGAUUCACACACCUACUGCGGAUCUUGGAUAUAUUUCAUUAGGUCCAUGUUCUAAUGUAGCUAAAUACCAAAAAAAGAGGCCUCCUUGAGAGAAUAAAAUAAGAGCUUUAUUACUGUUUGAUUAUAUGUUAAUCAGUAUUUCUUAGAUUUUUAUAGUUUUUACAGCCAUGCUCAUAUAUGGAGAGAAACAGUCAAAAAAUAAAAUCAUACUAUGUAUAUUGUUUUGAAGCUCUACACUUAAUAUAUUGUAGACAGCUUUUAUUUAUUUUAUUUAUUUUAAUAAAUACAGAUAUGUAGUCAUUUUUAAUGGCUUUAUGGGUUCCAUUAUAUAAGUACAGUAUUUAUCUCCUAAGUUCCCUAAUGGCAGGUAUUUAAUUUGUUUUGAAUUUUUAUCAUAAUCUGCACUUUGAUAAGUAGUCCUGUUACAUCUUUAUGAAUUUUUCUGUUUCCUGUAGAUGCACUUCUAAACACGGAAUUUCUGGGAAUUAAAAGUGUUUAAGCCACACUGCUAAGUGUCCUCCUUAAAGGUUGAAUUAAUUAUUUGUUCACCAGUAAUGAAAAAUUAUACCUUCGUCAAUACCUACUGGUAGCAUUCUUGUGAAUAUUGGCCAAUCAGAUACACCAGAAAUAUGGUGUUUAUUCUUGUUCAUAUAUCUUUAACCACGCCUGCUGAAUUUUUAUUGUCUUUUUGUGUUUAUUGACCAUUUAUAUUUCUUCUUUUAUGAGCUGCCUGUCUUGUCUUUAACCCAUGUUUCGUUAGAUAGCUAAUGCUUUUUUUCCCUAAACGUGUACCUGGGAGAUUUUUUAACUCUGUACAUAUGAGGGUUUAGGAGUCAAUAUAGGGGGAUAACAGCAGUUGCCUGUUUAUCCCUCUCCCCUUCCUUUGAUGACACGUCCACUUUCUGUGCCUCUCUCCACUGGUCUGUGCAGUCUCUCCUCAGUCUCUGCAGUUCCCAUUUCCCUCUCACUACUGUAUCUUUGCACUCUGUCUGCUCCUCUGUUGUUUCUUUCUGCCUCUCUGCACCCCUGCUUUGGACACAGCUGUCCUCCUCCCAACCCCCAUGCUGUCUCUGCUAUGUGUGUCUUGUUUGUCUGGUUACUCCCCUCCUCUGCCCUUUCUGUCAUGUCCUUGCUGUGUUUGUCUCUGUGGGCAUGCACGCUCUCCCUCCCUCCCUCUCUCUUCUCUUUUGCUUUCUCCCUCCUUUCCCCAUCUAUUUUUCUAAGUAUUUGGUUGUGUACUGGGGUCCAAGAAGAGGGGUAGUUUACUACUGUCUGAGAAAAAAAGAAAGUCAAAUUUAUUAUUUUUUAUUUAUGGAGUAAAAGCUGAAGAUGAAUUAUGGUUUUGACCUCUCAUUAUCUUCAGUUGUCUAUGUUUCCAGCAGCUGGGCAAAUGAACAACAUGAAACUACCAAACAAAGAGGCCUCCGUGAAAGUAAAGUGAGAGCUUUAGUAGUAUUUAGUAAAUGUUUACCAGUGAUUCUUAGAUUUUUAUAAAACAAGCUGAUUUCGUAUCAGUCGUUAAAAUCACACUCCUGUAUGGAAAAAAACAACGUCAAAAGCAGUAUCCUGGAACCCAAAAGAUCAGUGUCAUUAUAUGUUGAGAUAAAAAGGAAGAUGUAAACCAUAAAUGUUAUAUAUACAUCUAUGUAUAUGACUGGAACAAAUAUUAACAAAUUAUCUUAAAAUUAUGGGUUUAUAAUUUUUAACCUUGAUAAGGUUGUCUUUUGAUUUUUUUUUACAAGAAGCUAGUAUUUUUUAAUAAGAUACCAUAAAAGUUGUUUUUGUUUGACAUUAAUAAAAAAGUGAGGUAAUGCAGACUGAUCAAACACAGAAUGUUAGUUAUGAGCUGGAAAGGGGGAUUCUCAAGCUUUUCUGCUUUUUGGUUUCUGCCUAAGAUACCUGUUUGUAUCUCCAAUCUAAUCAUAAUAAAUCCUUCUAGAAGCAGAAUGAAAGAAUAGGAGUAGAAAAGUAUUACACACAGUUUCUAUGCCUAGAUAAAGUAAAAAAAAAAAUUUUUAACUUUGGGUGCUGAAGGUUGAGUUAAAUGUACACCUAGGUUCAUGGCCUCUCUUUAAAAUUUUAUCCCCACGUUGCAUCCUCAUUCCUAUUUCUCCAUAGGCAACUCAUCUUGUUAUGUAAAUAUCUUUUGGCUUACGAGAGUUCUUACAAAAUAUGUGUUCUGUAUGUGUGCCUGUGUUUUCAAUUUAUAUAAGGGGUAUAUCAGUUUUUUUCUUAUUUUCAGUAAGCAUUGUGUUUUUAACAUCUAUCUACAUUGCUAGACGUAUGUAUAGAAUCAGGUUUCUGAUCGUCGCAUAAUACUCCACUGAGUGCACCUACCAAUUCACCGACGUACUUUCCUGUAAUAGGCACCCAGAUUGCUGUCAGCGCCCAUCACCACAAACAGUGGGAGUGCACACCCCUGUCCAUACCCCUCAUUGGAUCUGUGUGAAACUGUCUUUGGCAUAUACACCCAGAAGUGGAAUUCUUGGAUCAUAAGCUAUAUAAGUUUCCUACAUUCAUACCAAAUUGCUUUCCGGUCCAUAUCCUAACUGCAAUGCAUAGAAAUUCCUAUAUUUCCACUUUGUGCCAAUAAUUUCUAGUUUGGCUAGAAGAUUAGAAAAAGAAAUUUCUAUAAGGGUUGGUUGGUUGAUUGGUUGGUUUGAGAGAGAGAGAGA